CACAAUCGGGACAAAGGCCUCUCCCGAACCGGUCGUCGCCUAUGCCGGUUACCGGUACACUCGUCCGCCGACUUCUCGCAAGCCGACAUCCGUCCGCAGUUUUACUCCGCUCCGGCGGCCGACUUGUUGUAUUGGAAUUCGCCUUUGCUCCUCCCCUCGUCUUGCAGCACGAGUGGUCACCGUACCCCGCCAGCCCAGUCACCGCCGCCGCCGUAUUACGAUUUUUAACGGACAAUUGACAAACUGAACCCGUCGCAAGCGAUAUCCGUAAUAGUUCGCAAGUUCGCUCGACUGCUCGAAGCGUAUGUCUCCAGCCGAAAGUCGUGUAAUCGUUUUCCGAACCGCUGAGUACUGUUUUGUGCUCUUUUUUCUUUUAGUUUUUUGGCGGCAAAUCACUGUCACGUCACCGUCCAGGAUCAUAAAGAAAAUUCAUAGGUACAAACAGUUUUMAUCGAGGAUUUGAUUGAAUAAAACAAAAUGGAGACACCGCCUUUUAAUCCAGAGCCAACCCGCAUGAUGACCAGAAGUGUUCUAGCUGAGAUACCAACUAGGCUAGGGCGAUUAUCUAUGACAGACCCCAAUAAUGGUUUGGGUCGAAAUGAUCACCAUCUCAAUAUAAUGAAUACAACUAUAAGUAACUUGCCAACAUCAAUGAUGACGCCAUCUCCUAGUCCAGAUGAAUUAAUCAUCCAACAAAGGGGCCGCCGUAAAAUACCAGUUACUUUUAGUCCUGACAUUGAUGCCAUAAAACAGAAUAAUCAAGAAACUCCAACAAAAUCUGGUUGUUCUAAUUUCAAGAGUUCAAUUGUUCUGAGGAGUACUCCCCGCAAAAGAUUACUGUUAAAUGAUCCAUUAGAAUUAUCAUCCCCAGACAAAUACAAAAUUGGCUCUCCAAAUUGUAAAAAAUUACGUACCGAUGUGGCAGUUGAACUUCCAGAAGAUAAUUGUCUUUUGUCUGCUUUGAAAUCAUUGUCUUCAGAUCAAUUAAUUGGUAUUAUUGGACAGAUUGUCAUUGAUCAUCCAAGCAUCGAAAAGGAGAUUAGAUCACAUUUCCCUGUUGCCGACUUAAAGCCUCUUGAAGAGCGUAUUUAUUAUUUGCGACGUAAUAUUUACAAGGCUUUACCAAGUAGCCGAUUGAUUUCAAAAACUGAUCCAACUGCCUAUAACAGAGUAUCAACUCAUGUCUUAGCAUUCAAGAAAUGUGUUGUUGAUCAAGGUAGACGCUUGGUAGAGAGCAACCAGUGGCCAAUUGUUAUGGACUAUGUGUUUAUGGCAUGGAAACACGUUCGUAAUACUCCUAUAUGGGAUAAUCCUGCCCACAAUGCUGCACGUCGACAGUGUUUCAAAUCACUAUCAGCUCAAUGUAUAACUGCCCUCAAACACAUGAAGGACACUAUGAACCAGCAAAGCUGUGACAAUUACAAAAACCAAUUGAAGCUGUUAGUUGAUGACAGUGAAGACAUAGAAUGGUGUCUGCAUUUCCUAAACAUUCGUGAGUGACCAUAUUGGUUUGGUUUUCUCUG